AUGAUGGCUUCCUUGGCUUCUCUUCGACCGUCGCUGGCACACACUCUUUGCAAGAGACGGCUCAACGCAUACCUCUCGUCAAGUACGCGCCACGCGCACACUACCGUCCCGGCAACUCCCGGCUCUACCGUCCGACCUUCUCGCAAAAGGAAAGCGGCGCGUGAAGCCGACGCGGCCGAGCCCUCCAAUGCUCCGGCCAGAUCACCACACUAUGGAAAGCUGAAGCCAUACGAUCUCAGCCAGCGUCUGCGCGCGCUCAUUGACAAGGACGAGCUCGACGCGGCCGUCACCACGCUCAAGAAUAUGCCUCUGGCGGCGCAGAGCGCCAGCGUCUGGAAUACUGUCAUCAAGGCUCUCUUCGACGCAGGGAAGCUCAAGCUCGCCUACUCGCUAUACACAGAUAUGAAACGCCGGGGCUUCAAACCAAAUCUGCGCACCUACACGACCAUGAUGUCCGGUUACCACCGCAUACGCUCAUGGGAGGGCUUGAGUAGCCAGCUUCAAAACACGCACACCGUUUAUCAGAGCUUCAUGGCCCACGUGGAAGCCAUCUCAGACUCCCUCGAUCCUGAUACUGUACCUGCCGUCCGCGCAGCCAUCAACCAAUAUCUGGAUAUAUGCUGCCUCACACGCCAGUCUACGGAGCUAGAGGAGGCAUUCGUGCGGGUGCCUGUGCACGGACCGCUAUGCCGCGACGCUCGGAUGUAUGCACCCUAUCUACGGGACUUACUCCAGCAGGAACUACCGCCUGCCACGCUUGCUGCAGGAGUGCGCGAAGUUUGGAGAGAAGUCCAAGAGAUACGUGAGAAGGAUCCCGAGGCCGAACCGAAAACCUACGUCUUUCUUGCGGACCUCAUUUUCCGGGGAUUGUCACAGUCGCCCUCUAUCGCAGAUCACAGCCUUGCGUUCGAGAUCGUGCGUGAUGUAUUCGCACUACAUCCCAAAGGCAAAGCGCUGCCCUCGAAGAGGAAAGAUGCUUGGUUGCCGCCCUCGACGUUUGUCCACAUCCUGAGCACAGCCAACCUUCUCGGGCGCCCCGACAUUGUUCUCGACAUGGCGAAGCUCAUCCCUCGGCGCGUUGACCUGCGAGUGGCGCUUGAUAUGUCUGUGGUGCACCAGGUGCUAUUCGCGACGCGCGAGGUCAAGCAUCGCAAUAACGGCAAGGUUCUCAGCAACCUUGUCCAGGUCAUCGCGGAGCAGAAUCCGCAACAGCUCGAUAAAGCUCCCUUGACGAUCCAAGGGACCCUUAAGGCGUGUGCCGACUGUGGAGACUUCGCGGGCUCGAAGAAUAUCCUCAGUGCAGUGCUGCGCCUGCGUUCCACCGAUCUUGCGUCGAAUAGGCGAACACCACACGCCAAAUCAGUCACAACCACAGCUUGGGCAUACUUCGCGCGGGCGGCUUUACAUGGCAAUGCUUCAGAUGCGAAGCUAGCCCUACAUGUUCUCAAAGAACAGGCCCACCAUCUGAUUGAGGACGUCAUCUCCGACCGGCCUGUGAAGGGCGCUUUCAAGCUGGCGCUCGCCCAAACGUUGGUGCAGUUGACGGAUCGCACUGACAACAGCGCUAUUGCACCCUGGUAUCACAAAUUGCGGGCCAGCGUUGAUAGCUACUCAGGCGCUCGGUCUCACGGUGACUCCAGUCUUCCGUCAGAUGAUCCUUUCGCGCCUGGUGCGGUUGACGCUACCUCGGAACCCGAUACAUUGGAGCUCACUGAGGAUAUUGACGAACCUGGUAUACACGUGGCCCCCAAGGCGAUAGGCUCUGACCGGUGA